AUGCCACACUUCGACUCACGACAUCAACACUCGCAAUCCUCUACAACCUUGGAAGCUGCGCGAGCCCAACUUCGAAGGAUCAAAGAUAGCCUGAGGCAGUCGUUCUCCUCCAGGCCUCAAGACCAAUACAUUGGUAUUGCUCGUUCUCGAUCUGCGACCAAGCUAGGUUUCCAGAAAGGACUAGAAAUAAUUCAAACUCUCGGAUCCUCCAAAAUUCCGCUUUUAGACACAAUGAACCUGGCUCCAGAAACUGAUGGAGCGGCCGAGAGACUGUUCAGAAGAGGCCAAUCGUCAAACCCUCAAGCUAAUGUUGCAGCGAUAUUCGUCCACGCGGGAGCAGGCUACCAUAGUACCACGAACGAGCACAUACAUCUCGGCGCAUGCGACAGUGCGGCUCGGAUGGCCAUGCGUGUGCUGAAUGCUGGCGGGACUGCCGUUGAUGCUGUCGAAGCUGCUAUCAAGGUCCUUGAAGAUAAAGAAAUAACAAACGCUGGCUAUGGCAGCAAUUUGGCAAUCGACGGAGUGGUCGAGUGUGAUGCUACCAUUGUUGACUAUCUGGGUCGAAGUGGUGCUUGUGGAGCUACAGCUCAAAUAAAAAAUCCGAUCCACUUGGCCCGAUCGAUUCUUGACGCCUCCAGCAGGCCGCUAUCUCUCCGGAGAGUCCCACCUAAUCUUUUGGUCGGUCAAGGCGCUACCGACUUUGCUUGGGAACAUGGAAUUCCUGUUGUUCCACAUGAGAUGCUGGUUUCUCGAAAUGCCAGAGACCGCUAUGUAAGAUGGCGUGAAGAUCUGAGACGUGUCGAGAGUGGUGGACGUGGGACCCCUGGUUCAAGCGCGAACAGUAGUCAAGCCGAGGAAGAGAAGCUAGACUUUGAGUACGAAGAGCGUAUUCGGGCAAAGCAACGACGAGACCACACUCUAGCGAUCUUGAAUGGCACAUGGAAUGAGGGUCAACCAGACUCACCCUCAAGUUCUCCUCAGGUCACCCCAGCUCUCACUGCAAGCCGAGAGCUUUGCUCCCAGGAUCCAUGUCCUGCCCUCCGCUCCCCAAGCCCUUCGGCAUUCCCCUUAUCCAACACUCGUGCUCGUGGCAAGUCUCCCACUGGGCAACCUGCAAAGCGUCCGCGUUAUGGUGAAGAGCGACGCACCCACUCGUUGCUCGGUCCAAAUGGCGAAUUACACAAGAGCCCCCCAGACGUCACUCUUACUAGAAGCGAGUUCCUCCUAAAGGAACCCUCUAACAACCCUAACGGAAGCAGUGAUGGCUAUCAAUCUCCGACUAGUGAUACCGAGACUGAUUUUACCCCAUCUCGAGCCUUUUUCGAAGAGGGCACCGCAGAAUCUCCAUCAAAACCGUUCAAGAGAGCAGAUGAAGAUUCCAUCACAGAUACUGUCGGUGCCAUUGCCAUCGAUAUGUUUGGACACAUUGCCGCAGGCUCGUCGUCUGGCGGUAUUGGCAUGAAGCACCGUGGCCGGGUGGGCCCCGCUGCUCUUGUCGGUAUCGGCAGCGCUGUUAUCCCUGCUGAUGAUAGAGACGAGGAAGAAGUUGCUGUAGCAGCCGUGACGAGCGGAACCGGUGAACACAUGGCAACUACCAUGGCAUCUCAGAAGUGUGCAGAAAGACUCUAUCACAACACUAGACGCGCUGAGGGCGGUGCAGACAUUGAGGCUACUGAGGAAGAGGCUAUGAUUUCGUUUGUACAAGCCGACUUCAUGAGCCACCCAGGUGUCGCUGGAAGCAACUCAUCAGGCGCCAUUGGUGUGAUGGCUGUCAAGAAGACUCCAGGCGGAUACUUCCUACACUUUGCACAUAACACGGACUCUUUCGCCUUGGCUUCCAUGCACUCGAGGGAAAGAGAAGCCAAAUGUGUCAUGUCGAGACUCGGUGAUCACGGAAGCGUUGUACAAGGAGGAAGAAAGAUUCGAGUCGACUGA